AAAUGUAACAAGCACGACAGUUUUGCUGCAUAUACACUUUUGACAUUUUCAUAUGCGGAAGUGAUUUAAGCACUAGUAAUGAUUUCUAUGCAAAGAUAUAUGAACUAUCCAGUUUACGGAAACGCCGGUAAAGUGGCAAAUUCCUGUACACUAUUUCCAAGUUUUAUAACUUCCUAAACCUUUGUGUCGCCCCAUAUACAUUGUAUGUAUAACACAAAAGGUAAGGUAAAUACAUCAGGUCACCAAGGUUUUUUUCCAGUGAAAGAUCUGUUUUCUCACAAAGAUUAUGGAUGAAGUCUUAUGAUGCUUAUAUAAAGAAAUCGACGUGUUUUUAAAUCGUCCCAGUCACAGUAUAUUUGAGAAUUAUGGGGUUAAAUGUUGACAAGGAUGUCAAAAUUAGGCACAGAUUGAGGUGUAAGUCAAUUCCAGCUAAAGUGCCUAAUAAAAUACCAAAUUCUGUGAUUCUUGGAUUUAAGACAAAUGCCAUACGAAAACGAAGACUGUGUAUUUAUUUGAAAUGUAUCUUUGGAGCAAUUGGAAUUGUUUUCAUGGUUGUGGAAGGAGAAUUAUUUAUUUCCAGAACGGUGGAGAAAGGCACAUUCGCAUCGAAUGCUUUAAAGUCUGUCAUAUCAAUCUCUACGGCAAUUUUACUGAUCUUCAUAAUUUUGCAGCACAAAUAUCAAAGAAAAAUUGAACGAUACUUUAACAGACCAAGAAAAUGGCGAUGGUGUGUUGAGAUGAUUAUUGAAAUUUUAGUUUGCAUCGUUCAUCCUUUUCCUGGAAGUAUGAAAAUCCCAAAGCCUUUGCAAACAAUGUCAAAAGAGAGUUCAGAACUGACUCGGGAUUUCGUUUACCUCGAUGGUUAUCUGUCUUUGUUCAUGAUCUUUCGCUUCUAUUUGUUUGGACAAUUAAUUUCCGAGCUGCUUUCAUCCAAACUGUUCUCCAACAGAACUCUUGCUAAACAUCUAGCCGGACUAACUAGUGUCAGACUGAAUUCUGCAUUUAUAUUGAAAUAUCUCCUUUUUCGAUACCCAUUUAAAUUUGUGAUUUCCAUCCUUUUGAUUGUGUUAAUAACAAACUCCUAUGCAAUGCAGACUUGUGAGUCGUACACUUUCCCGGGUUCAGAAAUGACGUCAUUCCUGAACUCUCUAUGGUUGGUCAUGAUUACAUUCUUAACAAUUGGUUAUGGUGAUUUCUACCCUGUGAGUUUCUGCGGAAGAUGUGUGUCGGCUUCAACCGGUUUUCUGGGAAUUGGUAUCACUGGGUUCAUUUUCUCUGUUUUCGUACAUCAGUUUGAAAUGACCCGUGACGAGAAGUAUCUUUUGAAAUUUUCUAAGGAAGUUAAGCGGAAGCAUGAGAGAAGAAUUGCUGCUUCUAAUGUCAUCAAAUGCUUCUACAUGGCAACAAAAUGUAAAAGAGAAAAACCAAAGUACCAUGUAUGGAAAGUGAAGUUUUGGAAGGCAGUCACUUCAAUGAGAAGAUCAGCAAAGAAAUGCAGAGAUCAUCAUGAUAUUGACCUGAUCGAUAUACAGCGUACUGUUCAGGAUAUAGAGAAAAGACAGAAUGAAAUUCUUAACAUUCUAUGUCAUCUGCGAGAUAAUCGUACUACAGAUGAAAACUCGAACACGAGCUUGUAAUUGUCAAAUGCAACACAAAUUGAUAUAUAUCUACAUGUAAAUAAAACAGAGGGAAAUCUGAAAGACAGUGGUUCAUUUAAAAAAUCAAACAGAUUGCUAUUGGUCCAUGAAAGUUUGAUUUCACAUACCGGGACUUGUUUACAUUCAUACAUGUAAUUGUGCUUUUUUUUGUAUUUUUAGAUCUGCAACCCUGCGAGGUAAAGUUUCUGGAACGUUGACUCAGUAAUGAUUUUUUUAUCUAUUGUAUUUUUUAUGACUUGUUUACAUAUUUAAAACUUAUAUAAUUUUUUUUACACUAGAUAUAAAUGAAAUAUAACAUUAUAUACAGUGUACUCUUUUAAUAAACUGUAGUUUUUUUUA